UUAGGCUCCGCCCACCACAAUCUGUUUCAUUGGAAAAAUGGCAGCGCAGGCUAGUGGCGGGGUUCCGUUGAGCACGCUUUCACCCAAGUAUCUCCACACCAACUCUACCAGCCACACCUGGCCCUUCAGCGCCAUCGCUGAGCUCAUCGACAAUGCCUAUGAUCCAGAUGUCAGCGCCAAACAGUUCUGGAUCGAUAAAACUAUGAUUAAAGAAAAACUGUGCCUCACCUUUAUGGAUAAUGGAAAUGGACUGGACCAUGAAACUAUGCAUAAAAUGCUCAGUUUUGGAUACAGUGACAAGACUGCAAUAAAAGGACACGUGCCCAUUGGGAUGUAUGGAAACGGCUUUAAGUCUGGAUCGAUGCGUCUGGGAAAAGACGCCAUUGUCUUUUCCAGGUCAAAGAGUGGAAUGUGUAUUGGGAUGCUUUCCCAGACCUACCUGGAAAAGAUUGGUGCCAAUCAAAUUCAAGUACCUAUUGUUUGCAUCACAGAGAGGAACUUGAGCAGCUUUUCGGUUAGAGAGGAGCACAGAGCCAGUCUUCAGGAUAUUCUGCGCUAUUCUCUUUUCCAAAAACAGGGGGAACUGCUCGCUGAACUGGACGCCAUCACCUCUUCCUUCUCACAAACAGGAACACGAAUCAUCAUUUGGAAUCUGCGCAGAACGGCUACAGAUGCUACAGAGUUUGACUUUGAGACGGAUCGCUAUGACAUCCGAAUUCCCUCUGAGGUCUAUGAGGCAAUCGGUGACCCUUCAAAAGUUUCAGACAGGAUGACAUCCCAUAUUCCUGAGACUGUUUACUCUCUACGGGCAUAUUGCAGCAUUCUGUACUUAAAACCUCGGAUGCAGGUGGUGUUACGAAGUAAGACGGUGAAAACGGUGCUAAUUGCUAAAAGCCUGGCCUGCAUGAGAAAGGACUUUUACAAGCCCGUCUUCCUGAACAAACGUGUUCCCAUACAUUUUGGUUUCAACACCAAAUCAAAAGAUCAGUACGGUGUCAUGAUGUAUCACAAAAAUAGGCUGAUCAAAGCUUAUGAGCGUGUGGGCUGCCAGCUCAAGGCCAACAACAUGGGUGUUGGCGUCAUUGGGAUCAUAGAGUGCAACUUCCUGGAUCCAACACACAACAAGCAGAGCUUCAUUGAGUCUGACAAGUACAGAAAAACCAUGAACAAUUUAGGAAUAAAACUUGAAGAAUACUGGAAGGAGACGCAGUACAGGAUGAAACAGGAAGACCCAACCAACUCCAUACCGGUGGAGGACACCAUGAAGCGACCGGACCAGAACUGGGUGCAGUGUGAUGGCUGCCUGAAGUGGCGCAGACUCCCAGAUGGGAUUGAUUGCAGCAAGCUGCCGACUGAAUGGUUCUGCCGGAUGAACCCGGACCCUCAGUUCAGGAGCUGCAACGCAGAGGAGGAGCCAGAAGACUCAGAUGAUGAACAACCAUCAUAUCGCAAAACCUACAAGCUACAGGAGAGGGAGGACAAGAUGAAAAAAGAGAAAAUACAGCAGCAGAAGGAACGUUUUGCUGCAAUAGCUGCACAAAACAACGCUCUCAAAAAGCAACAUGACAAGCUGAGACGACAGCUGCAUCAAAUGUCUCCUUCCAGCCCCUCAAACGUGGGCAGCAGCUCCCUCCUGGAAGGUGCUGUGAGGGCUGUGACCCCUCCCCUCAGAACUGCUACUAUUUCACAAGCGGCGGUGAGUCCUUCCAUGAACGACGGACUUCCAGUGAUUUCUGGCGUGUGCUCGCUGUCUGCCCACCUCCCUGCUCUAAAAAGAGCACAGCCUUCUCCUCUGAGUACACCAAAAAGGCCCAGAGUGAAUCUCCCACACAGGAUCUCUGGAACAUUGGCAGAAAGGGACACACACUCCCCCUCUGUGCCCCCUCAUAUGGAGGAUUCAGACGACGACACCGAUGACGACAUUUCCAUUUUAGAGUCUUGUAGCACGCCAAAGCCAGCAAAGCCUGUUUAUGAUGUAAGCAGAGUGAAAAAGGAGCAGACAGAAGAGGGCGUAAAUGGUGUCAGCAUGCUGUUGGAUUGUACUGACGACGCUGCCGUGGACCCCCCCUCUGACAAAACCACUGCAGAAACGGGACGUCCCACAGUCAGUGCCACCACCCAGACAGAGGUGUUCAACGUGAAGCUGGAGAAGGAGAGCCAAAGUCUAAAAGAAGAGAAUCGAGCUGUAGAGCUGGGGGCAUUUAGCAUAAAUGCCACACAGAGCUUGAAUGCCCAAAGUCUGAAGACGACUGAGAUCAAGCAAGAGAAGAACAGUCAAGGUGAGGAGAACAUGCAGAACGGAGAGACGCAUGUUGAGAAGAGUACUACUGAGAAGCAGCAGGAUGAUCUGUUGGAGCUUCUCCAAGACGCCAUCCAGGAGAGAGACGGCUUCAAAGAGGAGCUGCAGAAAGUCACCUGCCAGCUGCAGGAAAUGCAAAAAAAACUGUCUGAGGCGAGCCAGAAGACGAGCUCCAAGCAGUCAUUCCAGGCGGAGAAAAGUCAGGAAAGGGACUACAAGUCUCUGUUUGAGAGGGUCAAGCAGAAAAUGCAGGAUUUGAUGAAAGAUAAACAGGCUUUAAUAGCAGCUGCUGGAAGAGAAACUAAGCUUAGUGCUGAAGAAAAAGACAUUGAUGAGAUUUCACUUCAAGUUGGAUGUUUGGUGCAGGAGCUGGAUAAAAGAAACCAGGAGCUGGACGAGCUCCGUUUACAGCUCGACACCCUAGAAGAGGACAGAUUAAGCCUGGCAGCUGAGUGUGAAGAGCUGAGAUGCAAAAUACAGCAACAAGCUGACGGCACAAGAAACCUUCAUUUUCCUGCUUCACAUGCAGAGAAACCAGGAGGAUCAGCAGAACCUGAUGAGGCCAGGAGGAGUUUGAUUGAACUGCGUCAAAACGUCGGGCGGCUUCUUGUCUCCUCCAUGCCGGCUCUUGAAUUGGAUCAAGUGAAUUAUGAAUGUAACGUCAUCGAUGAAAUCCUGGAGCAAUACCUGUCCAGCUUAGAUUCCAACUGAUGUUCCCCCCCCACCCAAAAUAAAGACAUAUUUUACAGAUGAAAAAGGUGGAACGCUCAUCAUGAAGGUCCUGCAUAAACCUGGACUGAUGAAAAUGUCCCUUUCAAUCACAAAAACGAUCUUUUGUGUCCGGGAAGAACUUUCUUAAAAACGCUUGUGCAGAUAAAACAACAGCUUUGUGGAAAUUAAGUUGUUAAUUUAAAAAUGUGCGUUCUGAGCUGUUAAUUCCUUUGUUUGAAAUCACAGUAAAUUAUGUUUUAUGGCUGAAAAGCUUAAUUUGCUUUUAUUCAUCUCAGCAUCUGAGUGCAGCUAUUCUAUUCUAGUGUUUAAGACAUUGAGUUUUUCUGUCUUCGGUUGAAAUUGUUCGUUGGUAACAGAAAUAGUCAGUUUUGAUCUAAAUAAUCCAACUUUUUGAACAGUUUCAGUAGCAUUAAGCUCUGGUUCUCCAGGUUCACCUGAUUAGUGGAAGACACAAAGGAUGUGAAAGCAUUGCACUUUGUCACAAAGAUGUGAGACAGGACUUUUUUCUAAACAUGUUUUCACUGUUCCUCUUCUUUUUUAUGUUCCUUUUGUUUUAUUAAUUAUAUUUUGUAUACAAUUUUCAAUGUCAUAUUAAAUUAAGUUGCUCUAAACCAA